GGAGGAUCGGAAGGAGCUUCCGCGGGUGGCGUAAUUCCAAACGCGAUGUCCUCAUCCUCUGCGAUCAAAGUCGAUACAACUUUGAGUGGAGCUGGAGGCAUGACUGGCACUGCUGGGACCGAUCCAGUACGUCAAGGCAUUGCAGCUCCUGUUGCGAAAUUGGCCUCAAUGCCAGUCCAGCACAACAAUAUAGACAGAAAGUCAAAGCUUCAGCUGCAGAUGUUACGACGUAAGCAGGUCUCUUCAGCCAAAACAAGCGCAAGAAGACAAAGCUAUGAUCAUGACAGCGAGACUACUUCCGGAGGGAACGGCGUGUCAAGGUAUAAUUGCUCAUUUCAUGUCGAUUUCAAUGAUGCACAUGACGUAGUUCUUGGUCCUCACGAAAGCCGCGAAAAGCAUCAAGAAGAUGAGGAUGCUCUUUCCGUUUCCACGAUCGAUGACAGUGAUGCUUCAUAUCUGGACGGUAGGCACGAUCACAAAUCUGCGCAAUUAAGGGACGCUUUGCCAGCGCCAAGUAGCCGAGCAGAUCGUGGUCUUGAAGAUGUUGUUCAUGGCUCUUCGAUCAGCAAUAUAUCAACCAAGCAAGAAGCAAGAUCCACUGGUCCAUCAACAAUGACAUCAGCGACAGCCGCGCCGAAGCCGUUCGAUGCUGACGUGUUGCGGAAGGAGAGGCGCGAUGCUGCCGGUUUCAGUGUCCCGUGGGUCAAUCUACUCCCACCCGCGGGACCGGAUAAGAGUCUCGAACUCUCUACCCUGGAGCAACAUUACAGUCUCCAAGUUCUUGCGCAUAGGUGCCCAAUAUUAAUGGCGAUUGUCCGUCAUUUCGUUUCGGGUGAGGUUCAUCUGCAAAAAGGAGAAGUUGUCCAUACCUCGAGUUGCGAGCACCAGAACUACGAAAUAGCGGGUGGUGGAAAAUAUGCUGACACUGGCAAUCUACGAAAAAAUAACGCAGGAGCAAAAUCUGGUCGAGUUGUACCAGAGCAUCAACAACACAACCGCAAGGUCAACAACGCCAGUGGGGGCAUACUCGAUAAUCGUGGUCGUGAAGAGCAAAUCAAAAUCGAUAACAAGAACCAGGAGCGCAUGGUAUUGAUGAAGAGAAGUAUUGUUUUUGAUUCACCCUUGUUUCGUGUUUGGCGUGGGACAGUUGAUAGGGCCCUUCAAGAUCGCAUGGCGUUUGGGAACAUAUUCGGUGCUUCGAUACCACCCUUCUACUUUUGGCACGUGGGAAAUGUGCGCUCUUUACCCAUUUCUGGAAAGUGGAUCUGCUCCAGUACAGUUUUGGAAGGUGCCAGUGCUGGUGCUGCUGCAGCAAGCGCAAUGGGACUUCUUACACUUCCUAAGAAAGAGAGUUUUGCGUGUGAUAACCAAUCUGUUGCUCGUCUUGGUCAUUCAGGAUUUUCCAAUGCAACAUUGCGAGGUGUAGGCGAGGAUUCACUGGAACACGGCUUGUUUUUGUUACUUGAUGGCGGAGUCGACGAGUACAACACAUACGCGCGUGAAGCUGAUUCGCUUUAUGGUGCCAACAAUAGCUCUGCUUCUGGCGGCGGUACAUACGGCGAUGUUGCAAGAGCUGGCCUUCGAGGAGAACUUGAACUUCUAAUGCCUGGCAAUAUAGCACAUCAACAGGAGAAAGCGUCUCAGCAGCACAAGACUAUUGAGAAUUUGGCUGGACGUAUCUUGUAUACUCAGCAGCAGUUUCGAGAAACCCGGCGUCGCCGAGUCAUCACAUGUAACACAAACUUACGAUCAGAUGCCUUUUUCCGUCUCGAGCGGCUGAAACAACGUCUUGGUUCGGAGAAGCAACGAAUACAAGAGCUUCAGUACGAGCUGGAUAGGGUCGAAAAUUUGGAAUCGUCGUAUACUUCUAGACGCCCUCCUCAUGCAGCACGAAUAGAUCAUCAGGUUGUUGUUGACCACGUCCACGACGAAGACGAACACGAAGAGUCAUCUUCGGACCAACUAAGUGAAAGCUCUAGUUCCUCCGACUCGACCGUAUUUUCACAUAGUCCACAUUCGACGUCAACAGUUUCCAUGAACGACGACUUCGAGGACCGCGAAGAACGAGAGAUCAGGAAACACGAGGACAAGAACAAGAGCUGUUGUAGCGAGCAUGAAAAAUAUAGACAAGAAAAAUCUUCAACAUCUCCGUCUUCGGGCCCAUUGCUCAACAUCAUAUCGAUGUCCACCUCAACCGCCACAACAUCAUAUAUGUUAUCUUCUUCCAUGCAAGGUCUCGAGAAACAAGAUCAAGACGGAUCCUACGUACAGGAGAUCCGUGAUUUGCUGUUCCAAGUCGGGCAUUGGGAGCAGUGUGAAGGUCAGACGCGUGAAUUGAUUCACGGGGCAGAGCACCGCCUGUUGCAACAGGAAGCGCGAUUCCGGGACCGACUGCGUGAGAGAGACGCGUACUACGCUCUCCUGGAACAGCAUUGGCGGGCACAGCUCGAACAGCUGCUAAAGGAGCAAUUGCUAGCAGAACGCGAGGAAAUGUUGUCGUUGUGUCAUCAACAGUUGGGCAUAGUUGUACCAGAAGAAGACAAGCUGAACUUUUACGGUGGAUCUGUACGCGGCAUCAACGAGGAACGAGCAGCAUUUCGAUGCCACCUGCGAGAUCGCGAACAGUACUUAUGAAUACAUGUCUUUUUGAUACAAGAAGUACUUCAUUUGGUACUUAGUUGUUUAUUAGAAUGUAUGAGCACUUUCAGUUUCACCCUCUAGCAAUUGCAACGUGGAACUAGGAAAGCAAAUGACGAAGGUAAGUAGAACUCGACCCCCCCCGUCUACGUCACAAUAAUCAGAAAAAUCCCUGUAGAAGUCAAGAACUUCAUCUAAGUACAUAAUUUCGUCGUUCUAAUCUCUCUGUUGGUUGUUGAAAAACGCAAAUUACUGGAAGCUGUGCAUGACACUGUGGACCAACUGAGCGAGGAUUACCGAACUCACGCAGAAUGUCUGGAUGAGAAGAAGGCGGAGUUGGAACAGCUGCAGAAUUACAUGCGAAAUUAAGGCUUCCCCUAAUGAUCGAUCUUCAGAGAAGUCAUCCUAGGAGAGUGACUUUUCAAGGGAGAGAGGGACCCUCCAGGAUGUACUAUCUCGAGAUGGAUAAGGGCGAGCUCUAACAAAAGCUGCGUGAGCGGCAUGAUUUGAUCAACGAGUGCGUGGCUCUGGAACAAAAAGACUAUACAGCAAGUGGCGGUAGCGAUCGAAUAGUCAUGGAUGUGGAAGCCUGAGAGUAAUUUGGAUUAGUACGGCUACGGCCAUAGAAAUUGUGAGCCGCGGCAGUGGGUUCGUCUUCUUGUAUGUUCGUUGUUUAGAAGUAGGUGUUGAAUUUUGCUACAAGAACUUUGAGCAGAAUAGCGAUAGGGUGCUAGAAAGUCAAAAGUAAGCAGUAAAAAAGUAAUACCAGUACUUGUUAUUAUUUCAAAAUAUGGAAAGGUACCCGAUAAAGACAAAUUGAAUAGUAGGAGAUGUAGGUGUAGAAGAUAAAGAGCUAGAGUUUAACUUGAAAUCUUUGGGGCAAACGCAAAGCAGAGCAUAGUAAUGCAAGGUCCAGCGUGUAGUACUACCCAGAUGCAGAAGUAGAUUCUUCCGGAUUUCGUAAAAUUGCCGGAGCCGUAGUACGGCAUCUCGGGUAUGUUGAGUUUUUCUUGAUCAUGUUCAACGGAUUAAGACACUUCACUUGACCAUGUUCCUCUGAUAAGCGUUCCUCACUUGCAGGUGGUUGAAGAUACACUUCCACCCGCUCGAAUUGUUUGUUUUUGUCAGCACCUGCAUUAGCACCAAGAAGUUGGUAAGGAAGUAAAGAAGGCAUCAUGUUGCACAAGCGUCGGACGCGUUCUUCGCAAAUGAAAAUCGAAACGGUUUUUGCUUCUAGUACUAGUUGUUCUCCUCAUCCUCCACAGCCUCGAAUGGACGAACGCGAACGGAUAAUCCUUCC